UUGCCUAUAUAAACCAAAUGACUUGCAAUGCUUCUCCAUUCCAAAGAGGAGAGACGGAGAUGGAAAUUCCUGUGAUAGACUUCAGUAAGCUUGGUGGUGAGAAGAGAAGUGCCACCAUGGCACUUCUCCAUGAGGCUUGUGAGAAAUGGGGUUUCUUUCAGAUUGAGAACCAUGGAAUUGACAAAGAGCUGAUGGAGAAAGUUAAGCUCUUGGUGAAUAACCACUAUGAGGAGAAACUGAAGACACGCUUCUACCAAUCAGAGAUUGCCAGGAGCUUGGAGAACAUGAGCAUUACAUCUAAUGCAGACUGGGAAAGUGCCUAUUUCAUUUGGCACCGUCCGAAGUCAAACAUCGAUGAGUUUACUGACUUCUCAGAUGACUUCCACAAAACCAUGGAUGAAUAUAUUUGUAAAUUGAUCAAGCUAGCAGAGAAGCUAUCAGAACUAAUAUGCGAGAAUCUUGGUUUGGAGAAGGAUUACCUAAAGGAAGCAUUCUCAGGAAGUAAAGGACCUUCUGUAGGAACCAAAGUGGCAAAAUACCCUGAAUGUCCUCAUCCUGAGCUUGUUCGAGGACUUCGUGAGCAUACUGAUGCUGGUGGAAUCAUUCUCUUGCUCCAAGAUGAUGAAGUCCCUGGUCUUGAAUUCUUCAAAGACGGACAGUGGGUUAAAAUUCCACCUUCCAGGAACAACAACAUCUUUAUCAACAUCGGCGAUCAAGUGGAAGUGUUGACUAAUGGAAGGUAUAAGAGUAUUCUCCACCGAGUAAUGGCAGAAAAAAAGGGAAGCAGAAUCUCUAUCGCCACCUUCUACAAUCCUGCAGGAGAUGCUGUCAUUUCUCCAGCUCCCAAAAUGUUGUAUCCUACUAACUACAGUUUUCAAGAUUAUCUCAACUUUUAUGCCACAACUAAGUUUGGAGACAAAGGGCACAGAUUCGAAUCCAUGAACAAAAUGUCAAAUGGGCAGUAGAGCCUUCGAGUCGGAAA